AUGGUGAUGAUUGAUCAGUAUAUUUUGGGUGGAUUUGUUGCUUCUCUAUUUGGAUUUGUUUUGUUGUAUAACUUGAGAAGAAAGAUAACAAAGAACAAUGGUUCAAAGAUUUUACGUAAAGAUCAAUGCAUUAAGACCUCCGAUGGCGGAAUUCUCCGGCCUGUGGUCGACGCCGGAAGAACUGACGUGAUUAUUGUCGGUGCUGGUGUCGCUGGGGCGGCGCUGGCUUAUGCACUUGGAAAAGAGGGACGACGAGUUCAUGCUAUAGAAAGAGACUUAACCGAGCCAGAUCGGAUUGUUGGUGAACUUCUACAGCCUGGAGGCUAUUUGAAAUUAAUUGAGUUAGGUCUUGAAGAUUGUUUACAAGAUAUUGAUGCUCAACGAGUUUUCGGAUAUGCCCUUUACAUGGAUGGUAAACACACUAAGCUGUCUUAUCCACUGGAAAAAUUCAAUUCGGAUGUCUCGGGAAGAAGUUUUCAUAAUGGCCGUUUUGUACAAAGGAUGAGAGAAAAGGCUGCAACCCUUCCUAACGCUGAAGUUCGUUGCUUGGUUGAUGUCCCGGGACAAAAAGUGCCUUCCAUUGCUAAUGGUGAAAUGGCCACAUAUUUGAAGACUGUGGUGGCUCCUCAGAUCCCUUCUCAGCUUUAUGAUGCAUUUAUAGCAGCAAUUGACAAAGGAAAUAUAAAAACAAUGCCAAACAGAAAUAUCGUCGUUAUCCGAAAUCUUCUUCGACCAUUACAUGAUCUAAAUGAUGCUGCUACCCUGUCCAAGUAUCUUGAAUCGUUUUAUACCCUUAGAAAGCCCGUAGCAUCUACCAUAAAUACACUGGCAGGUGCACUUUACAAAGUAUUUUGUGCAUCACCUGAUCAGGCAAGGAAAGAAAUGCGCGAAGCGUGUUUUGACUACUUGAGCCUUGGAGGCAUUUUCUCCAAUGGUCCGGUGUCUUUACUCUCUGGUCUGAAUCCACGCCCUUUGAGUCUUGUGCUCCAUUUCUUUGCCGUGGCUGUCUUUGGCGUUGGUCGCUUAUUUCUUCCAUUUCCUACUCCAAAACGGAUUUGGUUAGGGGCUAGAUUGCUUUCGGGCGCGUCUGGAAUUAUAUUUCCAAUUAUGAAUGCAGAGGGAUUUAGACAAAUGUUCUUCCCUGCUACUGUUCCAGCCUACUACAGAUCUCCCCCAGUUAAAUAA